AUGCUAGAACUGGUCGAUGCUAGAACUGGUCGGGAGCUGUCCAAGAAAACACGUGUCGCCGGACUCCGGCUUCCCCGUCACCCUUCACCCACACUUCAACCCCAAGAUCAAGGAUUACGCGCCCCCGAAGCCGUCCGCAAACCCAUCACCCCCGGACAGGACCGCGCGACCUUUGCCGACCCGGAAAAGAAGGCCCUCUUGUCCGCCGCGAAACGGCACGACCUGACCGAAUCCGUCGGCACCGUGCUCGAGGGCAUCCAGCUGUCUCAGCUCACGCCGCAGCAGCUGGACGAGCUCGCCCUACUCGUCACGGAACGCGGCGUUGUCUUCUUCCGUGAGCAGGACCUCACCACGGAGGGCCAGGUGGAGCUGUUCCAGCACUAUGGAAUCCUGGACCGGCACCCGGCGCAAAAGGACGUGAAGCACGUCAUCAUCCGCGGGAGCCGCGAGGACCACCGCGAGAUACUCAACUACACGCCUUGGCCCUCGGGUGAUUUCCACGCCGACACCUCCUUCGAGUACGGGCUCUACGACGCGCUCAGCGACGCCAUGAAGGGCUUCGUCGACGGCCUCCACGCGGUGCACACCUCCCGGCUGCAGUACGAUACCAUCAUCGACCUGUGGGGCGUGGGACCCAACCGUCCGCCCAUCGAUACCCACCACCCGGCCGUACGGACGCACCCCGUCACGGGGCUCAAGGCUCUGAACUUGCUGGACUUUUUCUCGUACCACAUCCACUCCGCGGACGACCAUUACGUGCGAUGGAAAUGGGCCGUGGGCAGCGUGGCCAUGUGGGAUAACCGAUGCACGGUACAUCGAGUCAUUCCCGGCACGUACGAAGGCCCGCGUCGAGGUAUCCGCACCACCGUCUUUGGAGAGAAGCCAAGCGAGGGCCGGGCCCAGCGACAAAGGCGAAGGCGAGCAGAGGAAGUAGCGGAAAACGGCGCGAACGGGUCUAAUGGUAUCCAUACGAAUGGAGCUCAUGCUGUUAACGGUACAGAUGGUUCCUCUACCUCUAACGGUACAAAUGGAGCCCCUGCGUCUAACGGGGCCAACGGCGUACAAGUCUCCGAUGGAGCCAACGGGACACAAGCCUCGAAUGGAACCCGGGAGGCAAAUGAGACUUCGAAUGCGAAUGGUACGGAAAAUGUCCAAAAUGGUGGGGAAUCCAGCACGUUAGAGAGCGAGGGAGCGGGCUCCAACUGA